UUGUCUUUCGAUGGCGCAAGAUGUAUUUAGCAAAAUGGCUGAGGAUCAGUGGAUGUUAAAUGAAGAUGGUUAUUUAAAUGUGGACACGGAUGUAAAAGAAAUAGUUUACCACCCAUCCCUUAACGUUAUUUUAAUUUGUACUAAAAGUGGCGUGGUUCGUGUACUUGACGUAAAUUCAGGUGUCAUUCUCCAGUCCAGUUAUCUUUCAGCUAUAAAUCAGAAUGAAGUUAAGUGUAAAUACAUUCCCAUAGUGGACAGGAUAUUGUUUUCUGAUGGCCAGGCCUUAGGAGUUAGAUCGGAUUAUAAUGGGGUUUUAUUACUUGACAGUAUUCUACAAAAGACUAUUAGUGAUGGUAAAGAAGAAGUGAAGCUAGAACUGCCUCUUUCGGAAGCUAUCAUUCUAAAACAAAGCCUAUCUACUGCAAAUUUAAAUGGCACUGAACAAAUUAUAAAUGAACUCACCAAUGUCAUUUCCAACGCCCAGAAACAGUAUAAAAAAGGCAUUAAGGCCCAAAAAUGGAAUACCGUAUGUCUGGAUUUACCCUUGGACGACCUGCGCGCUGCCGCGGCGAAUACCGUUGCUGACCUACUAGCAAAAAAUCAACACACACCCGAAUUGGGAGUGGCAUCUGCGGUACAAGAGAGGCUGAGCGAAUUGCUGGGAGAACCCGUUAGCGCAACCGAUAGAAAAUCAAUGGCUAGUGAAUACAGAAGACGAGAAACUUUUUCCCAUUGGCCUCACAUGGACUACAAAUGGGCUCUUCCCGACCAAAUGGCUCAAGCCGGCUUCUACCACCAGCCAAACUCGUCCGGCGACGAUCGUGCAAUGUGUUUCACCUGUACGGUAUGCCUGGUUUGUUGGGAACUGACCGACGAACCCUGGAGCGAACACGAACGCCAUUCCCCAAACUGCCCCUUUGUUAUCGGAGAAUACACUCAAAAUGUACCAUUAUCGGUGACUUAUGCGACCAGCCCAGCGAUCGAUGCGACUUAUAGAGGUCUCAACGUAAAAGUAUUGGGAAACAGCACUAUACCGAAUUUAAUACCUACGGCGACGUCGGACGGCCUGAUAUCGGUGUUCGACGUUGCCGGUAAGGUCAAGAGGACGCAUUCCUUUUACGUGACUCAGUUCGAUUCGCAUAUUUUGGAGAAAUUCACACAGGAUUUUGGAACCCCCGGAUUUUGGACCGGAAAUGAGGAUAGGAAGUACCCAGUGGAAAAGAAAAUAACGUCCUUGUGCAUACUGAGUAGCAAAUCGCAAAGCGGAAACGUAAAUGGCGGCACAAAAUCACAAAGGCCUACAAUCGUUUGCGGGCUAAAACUGAAAUGCCACCCCGAGAACAUAAUGGGGGCGCAGCAGAGAACAUCCAGCGACACCAAUGAAAACGACAUACAUUUCGUGGGAUUGGAACAGGGUCUCAGCAGGCUCUACCUAGUGGUCUACGACUUCAUGUACAGCAAGGAUCAGGAAGAAGCAGAAAACGAAAUAAAAUUCGAGACCAAUUCCGUACCCAUCAUUCCCCUGAAGAAACCCAACAUAUCCGAGAAAGACGAAAAGAUAAUACUGAGCAUGCUCGACAACUUCGACCCCACCGAAUUAGAAUCGGAAGAAUUACCUUCUUACAACUUAAAUUUGAUGAAACAGCUGUCGUCUUUUUACAAAACUUUAAUACCGGGAGAGAGCGACGAAGUUUUCCUACCACCCACUGCCGUCAACUUGAAAAAAUCCCAUACGGGCCCUCGGGCCAUAACAUUUGACGAGUUCAACAGCACCAAAACCGAUUCGUCCUCCAGCAACUACAACCUCCACCCGCUGACCAACGGCCAGCUGAAUAGUUCGGAGAGCAGCGAUUUGAGCAUCUCAGAUCACAUUACGGAGUUGAAGAACAACCAGUCGACCAAAAAGUUGAACUACUCGCGUGCCGUGCAGUGCAUCAACUUGCCGGAGCAGUGCAGGGACUACAGCGACCUGGAAAUAGUGGAUGUCCUAGCGACUCCGGACGAGAUGCACGUCCUUGUCGUACUCAGGGGACUCUUUAGCUUUAAGAGUUUUUUACUUUUGUAUCCCAUGGACAGUUCGGAUAGGAUGGUGAAGAUAAGGGCGGAGCCUGCGGCCGUUAGGGAACUGGCGAGUUUCGAGAAACCCAUCGAGAUCAGCUUGUUGCCGACAGUUGAAAAAAUCGGGAAUUUUUCCAAACAUUCGUCCAUCAGCGACGUUGAGGGAUACGUUGUUUUGGUUUGUGUAGAUGGCGCUGUGAGGGUAGUGGAUCUGUCGACCUUGAAGACCAUUUGCUAUGCCGAGAUUUCCGACGAUAAGUUCGUAUCUGCCGCCUAUUGCAACAGUCUAGACAGGCUGUGCGCCUCGACAGAAAACGGUUCCCUUCACUUCUUCGCCUUAUACGACACCGACAAUGAAUCGAGCGACGACCACGAGGAAGAGGACAUGUUCGGUCUAAACGUGGACACGUCCGUGGCGAUUUCUCAACAACUAGACUCCCUGGACAACAUGGAAGUCACCAAGUGCUUCCAAGACCCUCCCGACAUAAUACCACUGGACGACUUGAAGAACUUCAAACAACUGUGCAAUUUCGAACCGCUAAAAACCUCAUACUGCGUGGUCGUUCCACCGUGUUGGAGCGAAUUUCAACAAGCUCAGAGACAGAGGAGGCAGCCCCAGAUAUUAAAAAACGAGAAGGAACAGCACACGAAAACGUGGCGGUUGCAGACGGACACCACGACUUGGGACGAACAUAUCUUUGAAAUAACUCUACCGACGGCUACACUGCUGGACCACGUUGACGUACAUUUCACUCUACAGCCUGCUACGACUUUGCCUCACGUGGAAGUCACAUUGUUGAGACAGAAUAAAAGCGGUAUAGGCCACAACCGGGACGUUCGCUUCUCGGUGGAUGAAACGGUUACGAUCGAUAUGCUGCAGUGGGUUGACAACCCCGUCAUAUCUCAAGAAUACCUACGAGCUCACAACGCUGACAUCCUAGCGGGCCCCAUAAACAUAGCUUCCCACUUGGACCUGACGGAUCAAAGCGGGACGAUAACCCUGACUAGUCCGAAAUUGUAUAAAUCAAAAAUCAGGAACCUCCUCCUCCACAUCAGGGCGGUUUAUUCCAAAGACGUCAUGAACAAGAACGGCAGUAAGAAUAGGAAGUUUGAGAAUAAGACCUCCAGCCCUAACGUCGACAAGUCCACCAUGUCGUCCAUAGAGAAGGCGGAUUACUACAUGGGUUGCGACGUCAUACACGAGUUAAGUCUGACCCUGUACGGUACGAAGCACACUGAUAUCCCGCACGAACGAACCCAAAGAAACCUGAUGUUGGAUUCUAACGUUUUUAUUCCGUCGCUCAUCGCCACGGCUAUCAGCAGCACCAGUAAGGAAGUGAUAGGCCUCGUCCUCGACAUACUCGAUUGGAUAGCUUCGGUGAGACUCACCAGGAACAGGAGUAACAACGGGACGGCUCCCAACCAGCAGCUUGACUUUGUUAAUAUGAUCGACGAGCAUUUGACGGAACUCUUGCACCACUCCGUGUUGUUGGGAGGAAGGAGUAUCGCUCAUAAAUGUAUGAGACUUAUUUUGACCUGCUGCAACGGUGCGAGUAACAUAAGCCCCCCUUGCGGAGAGAAAUUUUCCUCGUCCAUCUUAAAUUCACUGUUCAACGUACUAGACUCCAUAAACCAUGUAAAGUCAGCUUCCGGACUCCAGUGGAUCUUCGCACUGCUUUUAAAAGUCUCGACCAAGGAUAAGGAAAAAUUAAUAUCGACGAAGUGCAUUUCCCUGUUGAGCAAAAUAUCAACCGAACUCGAGAAAAGAACGAAUCCCUACCACCUGCUAUUACGCGGACGAUACGGAUUGUACGGCACGCCAUUAGAACCUGAAUUGUUCGACAUCGAACCACCGCCCUAUGUGAGGGGAGGCGGUUCUUCUACCUACCUUCUCACGUCCAACCCGAACGCCGUCUCGGACCCGGCCGCUCAAAACGCGGAGUGUUUCACGAACUACUCCUUCAACAAAGAGAGCAUUUGUCCUAAGGACGUUCUCUCGACUACAGAGCCUAAGCUGAAAUACAAAAACGUCGCCUCUCAGAAAAUAAUAAGGGGCCUGAUUGAAACGGAGCCCCUGCACUUCACCUGCGUGUUGGCCAGUGAAGGAACGAGAGUGGAACGCGCCGAUUCCAACAGCAACGUGUCGCCCGUUAACAACGUCGUUCCCUUUGCUAUCUCCCCCGGCCAAGCUCCGUCGACGAAUAAGAAAGAAGACUUGCAGCAGCUGUUGCAGAACUACGUGGAGAAGCAGGUGAACGAGAAAGUGAAGGCCAUCAAUAACAGGCUGGAGUCCGGCAGCAGUUCUAUGAGCGAGGCGGGAUCUAGCAAGUGGCUAGUUCAGAUGUUAUCGGACUCGCAGCAGGUGAUGGAUAGGAAAAUCGAGAAAGUAUAUAUCCCAGAUGCGAUGUACCAGGGCCUUUCGAAGACCUUGGACUAUUACAGUCCCAGCAAACCGGUGCCACCGGCAGACGACGUCGCUGCUUCUUCCAAUCAACUGGGCCCCCUCCCUUGGCAACAGCUUCUGGUGGUGCCCCCUCGGCAGGUUAUCGUAGUGGAAAGAAUGCAGUCCGGCGCUAGGAGACACGUUACUUUAGAUUUCGGGAAGCCCGUGUUGCUAACCGACAUCAUCAUACCGUCUUGUUCAGAUCUAGUUACCGCCAGCAUAGAUAUCUGGCUGAAAGGCGAGGACGUAGACGAGAAGAGGCUCGUUGUUGCCACGGACAUCGGUACGCGGAAUCUGCUUUUGACCGAUCUUCAGCCGCCGCCGCUCUGCAGAUAUAUAAAGAUAACGGUCGUCGGUCGAUACGGUAUGUCAACGAGCAGGUGCAGAAUUCCCCUUGGUUACUUUUACGGCCACAUAGUCGUUUUACCCGAAGAGAUACCCCAGGAGUUGGCGUCGAAUGUGGCACAGUUGUCUUGUACGGACCUAGAAAAACAGUUGAAUAUUUUAUCCAAACUAUUUGAGGAUAUUAGUUGUAGAUACAGUCUUGCGUGUUCUAAACUCAAGGAAUUGUUGCAUCCGUUUCUAAUCGCCGACAUGAAAAAUGCCUUGCAUUUAUCCACAUACAUGAAUAUAUCCAAAGACAGGAUGAUGAAUAUCACGAACGUGGAGCACAACAAAAUAUUUAACGCCUAUCAGGAAACUAUCACUUACCAGCACCAGCUCAACACCAUCAGGAACGUCAUGGCACGAAUCGAAGGAAGUAUCUCCGGAAGUACAAUAAAUCAAAAUCCCAGUGAGGUGCAAACCACGUCAACCGAUAAAUUUACCUCCAUAGCGGAAGGCCUCCUAGAGGUCCUCCUGUCCAUGGAAACUAACACCGAGCUCGAAACCCACCUGUGCCAGCAGUUGUUCCAAGGGCUCUGCGUCUCGCAAUCCUCGAGACUGCAGCUCUUGGCGGCCAUAUUCCUAGAAAAGUCCUGCGGUCGCGUACCCUUCUGGGGGAACUUCCUAUCGGACACGCUAUCGGAGAUGUUUUCUACCUCUUGCACUUUGAAAUUCCCGCAAGACCGGUUGUUUAUCCUCCUGGCUUACCUGAGCCGAAAAACCUCGGAGAAGAGCGCCGUGAUAGAUGCGGCACUAAGAGUGGUGUCGAACACCUUGAAGCCGCUGUUUCACAACAGGAAAUCGCUACUGGCAGUUACCAUCGAUCUGCCGUUGCUUUCGUGGCUGUUGAUGUACCUCUCUCUGCAGUUGUCGUUGAGCAGGAGCCCUACGAAUUCGGCGGACAGGUGGAACUGGGUGUUGGGCGAGAUGGUGGGCAACGUUAAAGUGGAUAGUAUGAGGAACAGCAACAGGAAGAAGUCGUGCAAGAGGAUGGCGCAUCCUUGCACCAAUUCCAACUAUAUUUCUCCCAGUUACUCUAGUAUAGUUAUGAACUCACAGCAAGCGUACCAAGCACAAUCCAAAUUAUUAGCAGCCUGGCAAAGUCCCGUCCCUUCGAUGAAAACCGAGAAGUUGACUAAAUUAAAAUAUUUCAAAAAGAAUUACGAAGUCAAUAAACCCAAAGAAAACAAGGAACCAUACACCGAAAGGCCAGUCGUAACGCCCAAACUGCCCCAGUUCAUCGAUACUUCUCACUGUCUGGCUGUCGCAAAAGGGUUAUUGAAACUGAUUCUAUCUAUGGAUCAUUCGGGUAGCUCUGAUAUGAUGUUGCUAUCCUUCAAAGUCAUAUCGAGGCUGGUUACUCUUGCUAAGCUUCAAUUGGGCCAGCUGCUGAACGAAAGACAACUGUUGGAUCUGAUUAACUUUUGUAUGACAUGCAAAAUACCUUGGGCACCCUUUGCUUUGGCUUGCUUCCUACAAGACGCAAUGGAACUGUCCUCUGCGAAAACUAAUGAUGUCGAAAUGGAAACCGAUGCUUCUGCUUCAACCAGUUGGCCACAAAAUGAGAUGCCUACUACCGAGGUCGACAGUAUUUGUGAAAACUUUAUCAUAGACGAUGCCAUCCUCGUAGAAACUAUGACCAAAGCACCGAAAACAAACUCUUCAAUUAAUAAUAACUUCCCUCCAUUACCUUCUGUUUACGAAUCGGAAGAUUCCGACUUUGAGGAGUUGUUGGAAGAUUUAGAAAAAGUACGAAACACCCCAUCGAAGCUAGCCAAAACGACGAUCGGUUCUAAUUCCAGCAUAUCGUCAGCCGUGGAUUCCCGUUUAGAGCUGGGAGUGCAAUCGAACUCGGAAAUGGCUCUGAAAAAGCUAAUAAUCAAGAACACCCAAACGCUCCUCCACAAUAUAACCUCGGAGACAAGCCAGAAAGAAAGCGAUAACGGGCUGACACCCUGGCCUACCCCCGUCGAGGUGUUUCCCCCGGAAUCGUCGUUAUGCAACCACAAGAUGUUAACGUUCUGCUUCGAGUACCUCUUCGACAACCUGGAGAAUCAAACCCCUUCGAAAAUAGAAAACAUACUGCAGCUGUGGUUGACGCUCAACUGCCCCAACAAGAACGAGAGGUUCGACCCCAGCACGAUACCGCUGAUAACUCUGAAAGGCGAUUCGGUGAACCACCUGAUCACCACGAUGGCGUGGACCCCUGGCUUAUCGCUAACUACCUGGUGCAUCGCACUACAAAUCCUGACGUUGGUUUGCAACAUAAACAGCGCUAAGAAGUGGUUUGAUUUGUCGGGAAUGGCGAAUACCAUCAUUAAUCACCUGGAUUUCGUUCAGCUCUUCCUUAGCCUCCUAUCGGGAAGUGGCUCCGCUUUCACCGGGAAAGUGUUGGCUGGCCCGUCCCUAUGUAAAUCCCUACACGAUUUCCUAGUUCGCAUACAGAUGAGAUGCGACAUCGUCAGCCCCUCCAGCAAAUUGGGCAACCAGUUGAAAACGCUCCUGCUAAAAAUUAUAUACCAAUUGGCUCAACCGUCGGGCCCCAUCUCAUCCAGAUUGGGACCGUUGGAUGCUCAAUGUAAAUUGUUACAGUCGAUGUUAUACCUGGACUUUUCUAAUACCGACCUUAGCAUAGCGAUGAGCACCCUUGAAAGCACAGCUGCUUUGGUGCACAGUUAUAUGUUGAACGUCGAUAAAAUUAAGUGUGUAAAUAUCGGAGAGAAGCAAAACGUGAUGACGAGUACUUUUAGCGACAUUUUCGCCAGUGUUUUGGGGUCGGAUUCCAACAAGCAAGACAGGCCUGUGUCAUACGAAGAUUUGUUGAUUAUAAUGUUGAAAUUGUUAGGCAAAUUAGUGCAAACCCCGAUUCCUGUCUUAAUCGACGAUUCUGAGGUAAUGGAAACCGAAUCACCGGUAACGUCCCAAACGGACGAAAGCAAAGCGGAACAGAUCCAACAGGACAGCAACAGACCGCCCCAGCCGAUGCCGUGCUUCGCUGAUAUCGUCCUGCAGAAUCACCUUACGGUCACCCGUUUAUGUCGCUGUUUGGCGGCAUGUAAGUCUUCUUCACUUUGUAUGCUAGCUAAUGUUUCACAAAAGGUGGCGUUCUCUAACCUGAGCGAGCCGAAUACCGUCGGUGACGCAGUAUUCCACUUACUCGCUUUGUUGGCGAAGAAGGCUUCCAGGAAAGAGCUGCUGAUGCACCCGCUGCUGAUGUUCCUCUCCCAGACGCCGCAGCUGAGCGAACCGCUUUUGUGGUUUAUCCUGCAAGUCCUCGACACUGAGGAUGCCAUCAGGUGCUUCUUUAAUGCCGGUGGAAUUACUAUUUUUGCCAAAAGCAUCGUGAAGAGCAGUUCCUCUCCUAGCACCCUGUCGAGGGUGGGUACAAUUUCAACGGUGAUGCAGCACUUCAGCGGAGUCAACACCUCUUCUGACGCAAACACGGUCAUAUCAUCCGCUUCGACUGCAAAGAAAAUGUUGCAAGCGUCUAUAGAGAAUAAAAUGUCCCUCAUAAAUUUCGCCCCGUUCAGCACCAUCUCGUGUCAGUCCGGUACCGCUCAAGCUGCGGACGUCCUGAUACAAGGUCUGGCGGGGGUGACACACAGAAGGGCUAGGACGCCCCUGUGGUCCUAUCAUUUCUACCCGGAGGAGGUUCACACGGAGCUGAUGUUGCAGCUGCCGAGCGCGAUAUUGCUGAGGGAAGUGCAGUUACAGCCGCACGCCGGGGGUUUGGCUACGUGUCCUUCUUUCGUGGCUUUAGAAGUUUCAGCGAAUGGCCCAUCGAGAUUGGUUCCAGCAUGUCUUCCGCUACCAACAAGCGGUCUGACUUACAUUCGCCUCCAUCUGCCUGUACCGAAAGUAGUGAACUGUGUCCUGAUUCGCCUCUACAAACCGAGGGACGCGAACAGCAUCGGUUUGCUUCAAGUACGGCUCCUCGGGAGCUACGCUUUCGGAAAUCUCAACCAAAGCUCCGACUCCGAAGACGAGUCACAUUGCAAGCACAGUCUCGGUUGGCUCAGAUUACUCCACCAUUGCAUUACAUUGCCCACGGACGUAGAAACUAGGGAACAAGUCGUAGGGUGUGCUUCGCAAGUGUCUGAAUUACUCAGCACUUGUUGUGGGUUGUUGUUAGUACCGUCGCAUAUCUUGCCCAUUUACUUGCCCUGUUUGGAGAAAGUUUUGAAGGAAUUGGCGCUUUAUAGUCCCGAGAAUGGCGUGCACGCUAUGAAAACGUUGUUAGAGAAUCGGUCGGGGGUUAUUGAGCCCAUGAUGGCAGCGGAUAGUUCAUGGCAAGACAGAUUGUUCAUUAACGUGACGGGAUAUCAGUCCGCUUGUGAGUUGCUGUAUCAAAUUUGCGAGCACCAGGACACAAACACGUCUUACCGAGUAAAAAUAAUUCUGGACUGGCUGGAGGCGGUGGCGAAAGAAGCUGCGAUUUCUGAAAAUUACGACAACUGCAACGCCGCGUACAUCUCCAGUAUAGCCUCAAUCCUGUGGUCUGCGAAACAGUCCGAAGUUCAUUACGAUUUGAAAGCUUUAGUUACGUUAGAAUUGUUUAACGCUAUUUACGAUUUGCAGACACAGACCGAAAAGAACGUAAGCCUUAAAUAUGCUCUGGACUCCUUGCUUUGCUGCAUCUGUUUUAUAAAAUCGGAAUAUUUCUCGCUCCUGUUGCAAAAAAUAGGAGUGCUAGUCCCCAAUUUAUCCACCGAUCACGGCGCUUCCAUUAGCGACGACAGAAAAGAUUCAGAAAGCAUGACGGAUGACUACAAACGGGUUUUCGAGGUGAAUUCCGAAUGGUAUGGCCGCCUCGUUAUCGGAGAAUUGUCCAACUUAAAUUUAACGAAAGAGCAACUUGAAACGAUAGCCCUGGUCAGCAGAUCCCCCACUUCCAUCCAACAGUUACUGGACUCGGGUCUACCCAAGUUGCUGAACAGCGCGAUUUUCCAAUUCUGUCACUCGAAAGAGGAAGCUGCCAUCCCCAUGGCUAAAUUAGAGAACAUCGCUGCCAUCCUACAGUUCUUCACUGACGUCAGCGACGAGAAAACCAUGAGAGACUGGCUGGGUUCCAUGGAUGGGUCCUCGUUUUGGUUGCAUUUACUCCACUGGUUAUGUAAAAAGCCCUGCAGCAGGACGUCUAACCUACAACCCGAGGCGCACAUACACCUGGAGGAAGUGUGCGUUAAGUUCCUGUCUAAAUGUUGUUUGUGCCACCCGACCAAUCAAACGAGACUCGCCAAGGUCCUGUGCGAGGUGAUAUCCUUGCAAACGAACGGUAUAUCGGGCUUCAUGCGCAGACUAAUCCUGCAGUUGCUUUUAGAAAACGAAAAGAUUCCCGUCAGCAUAGAGGCCGACGAAACGUUGUACAAGAACGCAAAGUCGGUGCAGACGUACAUACCCAUACAUCCCGCCUUCAAACAGACCUACAACCGAGCGAUGUUAUACCUGAGUACAAACACAUCACUUGUAGAAAUAUUAGAGCAACACGUCUACUUCAAUUCGUCGUACAAAAUGGAGUCGAGCAUGAGCAAAAAAACCUCCGCCACAAAGAAGGACAUCUUCAAGAAGUGGUUCGCCGAGGAUUCGGAUCUGAGCAUGGCCGCCGGGGUCACUGCCAAAGAUAAACGUGCCAAAGACGUGAAGAACCAAAUAACGGCCACCCCGCAGUCCAAGAAGAAGAGGUACACCUCGGAAUCCAACGUCGGGACAGACAUCAUGGAGGGCAGGUUAAUAAAGUGCGAGGCGUUCUCCGACCAACCACUGCCAUUAACGGUAACUCUUGGGCAACUGUUAAGACUGAUAGAGUCUAGAGGGACUACGACCGAUUGGCCUUAUAUACAUCUAAAAAUAUGCCAGAGCAAAAACCCGGAGGAGAAGUCUGGCAAUGCCGAAGUAACAUUUCCGUAUUAUCAGCAACCAAUUUGCAGUGCCUUACAAGUCUUUAGCUCAAUGGGUGGUUUGGCUUUACUCGCUCAACAUUUGCCGACCGUCUAUCCUGAGACCAUCAGACCUACGACAUCUGAGAAAGCGACCACUGAGCAGAGCGACUCGGAUUGGAUAAAAGUUGAAGAUUGUGACGACAUAUACGAGGACCUCGAAGACACAGUAGGAACCAGUUCACCUUCAAAAUCGGCGGGACUCAUCUCACAUGUCCCCCCUCAUUCCCUUACAGCUUUCGGGCUGUUCCUUCGGUUACCAGGGUAUGCCGAAGUGCUCUUGAAGGACAUGAGGAAGGCUCUCUGUCUCCUCAGGCUCGUUCUGGGAGUCACAGAUGACGGAGAAGGUGGAGAUAUCUUCCAAUCGCCAGUAGCCGAUUCCUUGCCGACAUUACCCUUCGAGGUGCUGAGGAAAUUGUACGACGCCACUCCGCUCAGUACCGACGACGGACGCCUGUUGAGGAAAAUAAGCAUCAACACUGGCGUCGUUCACUUGCUUUUGGCCUGCCUCAGUAUCUUCACCCACCACUCGAACGCGAACGGUGAUAAGGACGGCCAGAGUUCCAAGAGCAAAGAAGAGAGAGCUCAACAUUACUGGGCAAAAGGUACCGGAUACGGCACCGGGUCUACACAGCAAAGUUGGAACGUGGAACAGGCUCUAAUGAAACAGAGGAACGAAGAAGAGCAUGUGACGGUUCUCUUGCAGGUGUUAUCCAGUUAUAUUAAUCCGAACGAUGAGGCGGGUGACGAAUUGAACGACGAUGUCCUGCCGCAGUCUUUCCACGAUCUUCUAGCGCACAGUUCUCUACUGCCAGCUAUAAGCUCCUACCUUAGGAAUGAUUCAGUUUUGGAUAUGGCACGGCAUAUACCCCUGUACAAAGCCGUACUACAACUGCUGAGAGCUCUAGCCGCCAGUUCGCAGUUGGUCAGUUUACUGCUACCUCAAAAAUCCAGGGCCAACGAACCUUCCAUCUGUGCUCUACUGAAAAAUAUGAAAUCCUGUGUAAAUACCUACGCUUCUAAAUUAAGGAUAAAUACCAAGUCGAAUUCCAAGAUGAAAUCGAAACUGGGCGAACAACUUGAGGAACUCGAACAGGGCGAGGGACUGGCCACCCUGAUGCCUGACAUUCAGAACACGGCUAAUCUGGUCGCCAAAGUCACCAGUGGGCUUAUAGAACCGGACGGUUUCUUUGAUGCUGAAAUGCCCAUAGAAAGAAAAGCGGACAUUUCCCUGGAAGAAAAGUACUUAAAAAUAAUGAAAAAUUUACAAUUUGGAUCAUUCGAGAUGAUAACUGAAUUGCCGGAGGGAGGGAUAAAAUUCGUGGUAUCCCACCACUUUGAGAGCAACGCGAAAGCGACGGGCGAGCAAUCCCACCCCGCCAGAGUGAAGCGGAUAGCGCAAGAGGCUGUGACAUUAUCGACUAGUUUACCCUUAAGUUAUAGUAGUUCUGUUUUUGUAAGAUACGAUACUUCACGAUUAGACGUUAUGAAGGUGCUCAUAACGGGCCCUGCAGACACCCCAUACGCGAACGGCUGUUUCGAGUUUGACGUUUUCUUCCCUCCCGACUACGCCCUGUCCCCCAUGAUGAUAAAUUUGCAGACCACGGGCCACCACAGCGUUAGGUUUAAUCCAAAUUUAUACAAUGACGGCAAAGUAUGCUUAUCCGUGUUGAAUACCUGGCACGGUAGGCCCGAGGAGAAGUGGAACGCGCAGACCUCCAGUUUCCUGCAAGUAUUAGUUUCGAUUCAAAGUUUGAUCCUCGUACCGGAACCGUACUUCAACGAGCCGGGCUACGAGCGAGCUAGGGGCACACCCGCGGGUACAGUCAGCUCGAGAGACUAUAAUUUAAAUAUAUGUCAGGCGACCGUGCGAUGGGCCAUGCUAGAACAAAUUCUAAAACCCUGCCCAUGUUUUAAAGAAAUCAUCCACACCCACUUCUAUCUGAAACGCGACGAAAUUAUAGCGCAGGUAGAGAAAUGGAUCGGCGAGGUGGAGCAAGAGGUGAAAAAGGAGAAGAAAACGACGAGGUCGAGUAAGAAAUCGCCGACGAGCACCUUGGAGACCUUUAAGAAAAUCUUUCAGCAGCUAAAAGACGCGCUGUUUAAAUUGAAACCCCCCACCGAUCUAGAAGAAGAGGAGGAGGAGGAGGAGGAGGAAGCGACGACGACGACCCCUACGAAUAGUAUGGAAGUGACGCCCGACGUUCAUCAACACAAAGAUAUCGACACGGAUAAUGAUUUAGAAAAAAUGGUAAAUGAUAUGUGCGAGUGAAUACAAAAUAAAAAACAUAUUUUUGCAUUUACUAUUUUUUUUUAUACGUAUAUAAAUUAGUUUUAUUGAUACAGUUCGCUCCUUUUAUAAACAUUAUAU